CCUAAUUGCCCCAAUGUGAUGCUGUUCUUGGAGAAUUCAUCUUCAGCCACACAGAGAUUCCAAAGAGUUGGGAAACUUUUACAUUUCAGGUAAAUUCCAUUUUAUCUGGUGAUUUUUAACUUUUAUCUAUCUGUUCAAAACUAUACAAAGUGAACUCUAGGGUCUUUGAUUCUGGGGAGCCCCAAAAAUUGAAACUUUUCUCUUGUGUCUGUUCAAAGAUUGGAACUUUAAGUUUAAGAGUUUACUUUUAAGUUAGAUUAAAAAAAGUGAUGAAAUCUUCUGUGUAAAUGAGUGAUAGUUACUAUUGUGGUUUCAGGAUAGGUAAAGCCUGAAGCUAACUUCUUCUAGGUUUUGGGUUUUAUUGCUAUAAUCUAUCAGUUAUAGAGAUUUGGGAUGAGUCGUGCUUUACUUCCCGAGCAUGUUUCUGCUGUUGUAAAAUGUCAAAAGGAUCCUCUGAAAGCGCUUGAGAUGUUUAAUUCGGUGAAGAAGGAAGAUGGGUUUAAGCACACAUUGUCUACUUACAAGUCUAUGAUUGAGAAGCUUGGGUUUCACGGGGAGUUUGAUGCCAUGGAGCGUGUGCUUGCCGAGAUGAGGAUGAAUAUCGAUAACAGGUUGCUAGAAGGAGUGUACAUUGGGGCCAUGAGGCAUUAUGGAAGGAAAGGAAAGAUUGAAGAAGCUGUGAAUGUGUUUCACCGGAUGGAUUUUUAUAAUUGUGAGCCGUCCGUUCAGUCGUAUAAUGCAAUUAUGAAUAUACUUGUUGAGUUUGGGUAUUUCAAUCAAUCGCAUAAGGUGUAUAUGAGGAUGAGAGAUGAGGGGAUUAAUCUAGAUGUGUAUACUUAUACAAUACGAAUAAAGUGUUUCCGUAGGACUAGUAGGCCUCACGCUGCAUUGAGGCUUCUUAGUAACAUGUCUUUGCAGGGCUGUGAGUUCAAUGCUGUUGCAUAUUGUACAGUAAUCAGUGGAUUUUAUGAAGAGAAUUAUCAGUUUGAGGCAUGUGAAUUGUUUGAAGUCAUGCUUGGGCGAGGAUUGUGCCCUGAUGUUACCACAUUUAAUAAGCUUAUACACACCCUGUCCGGAAAGGGGGAUGUCCAAGAAGGUGAAAAGCUUCUCAACAAAGUUCUGAAGAGGGGAGUGUCACCAAAUUUGUUUACACUUAAUAUUUUCAUUCAAGGGCUGUGCAAAAGAGGCUUUCUUAACAGGGCUGUCAGAAUGUUAAAUGGUUUUAUGAAGGAAGCUAAGUCCAAUGUUGUCACGUAUAAUACCUUGAUCUUUGGCUUGUGUAAAAACUUCAAGGUUGAGGAAGCAGAGUCCUAUAUGCGUAAAAUGGUGAACAAUGGAUUUCAGCCUGAUGCCUUUACCUACAACAGUAUAAUUGAUGGAUAUUGCAAAUUGGGCAUGAUGAAGAAAGCAGAUAAGAUUCUCAGUGACGCCAUUUUCAAGGGGUUUGUACCUGAUGAGUUCACAUAUUGCUCUUUAAUUAAGGGUUUUUUCCAGGAUGGUGAUAUUGACCGUGCUGUGGCUGUAUUUAAGGAGGCAUUAGGAAAGGGAUUAACGUUUAAUAUUGUUCUUUUUAACACACUGGUGAAAGGGUUGUCAGAGAAUGGGCUUAUCUUGCAAGCCUUACAACUGAUGAAUGAGAUGUCAGAAAAGGGUUGCAGUCCUAAUAUUUGGACUUACAAUUUAGUUAUAAAUGGGUUGUGCAAGAUGGGUUAUGUUUCUGAUGCCAGUAGACUUGUUGAUGAUGCCAUUGCCAAAGGUUACUUUCCUGAUAUAUUUACGUUCAAUACAAUAAUUGAUGGUUACUGUAAACGGUUGAAUCUGAAUAAUGCAAUUGAGAUAAUAAAUUGCAUGUGGAGUCAUGGUGUUAUUCUUGAUGUGAUCACAUAUAAUACUGUAUUAAAUGGCCUUUGCAAGUCUGCAAAAUAUGAGGAUGUGAUGUGCACUUUUCAGGCGAUGAUGGAGAAAGGGUGUAUUCCUAACAUCGUUACGUAUAACAUACUAGUAGAAAGCCUUUGCAAAGUGCGGAAAGUAAAUGAGGCCUUGGGCAUGCUACAGGAAAUAAAAAACAAGGGCUUGACUCCAGAUAUUGUUUGUUUUGGCACAUUGAUGAGCGGUUUGUGCAGCAAUGGGGAAUUGGAUGGAGCUUACCAUCUACUUAGAAGAAUGAAAGAGGAAUAUGAUACAUCACAUACAACAGCAACACACAAUAUCAUGAUCAAUGCUUUAUGUGAAAAGCUAGAAAUGAGUACUGCAGAAAAACUAUAUAGUGAGAUGUGUGACAGCGACAGUAACAGUGUGCCAGAUGGUUUCACGUACCGUGUCAUGAUCGAUGGUUUCUGCAAAGUAGGAAACACUGAUUCAGGGUACAAUUUUCUCCUGAAAAAGAUUGAAAAGGGUUUUAUACCAGCAUUGAUGACAUUUGGGAAAGUGCUAAAUUGUCUCUGCAUGAACCACAGAGUUCAUGAAGCAGUUGGUAUCAUCCACCUGAUGGUGCGCAAAGGCACUGUUCCUGAGGUUGUCAACUCGAUAUUCGAGGUUGAUAAGAAGAUAAUAGCAGCCCCUAAGAUUCUUCUUGAAGAUUUAUUGAAGAAGGGCCUUAUCACAUAUUCUGCUUAUGAGCUUCUAUAUGAUGGAAUUAGAGAUAGAAAGUUAGUCAAGAAAACAAAAAAAGGUUCCACACAGCUUGCUGCAACUUCACAACAAACUUUGUGACUGUUGUAAAGAUCUGUAUAUUCAUUUAUGUUACAUACUUCUUGAGAUUGUAAAACACAGUGACUCCAAAAAUUUGACGUAGCAACCUUUUUUCUCAGUGGUUUGGGAGCUUCUAAGAGUAAGUUACUGCUGAGCUAUCGCUCUUGUUCAUUAUUUUAUUUUUGAAGCUUAAUUUUUUUUCCGCAUAGAUUGCUGAGUUUAAUUACAUCACUGGCCAUAACUAAGUAGAUGGCUGACGUAUUGUUAUCUUCCAUUUACAGCCUUAUUUGUCACAGACUUUGCGGAGACAUCAAGUAUUGGCGUUCAUCUUGUUUUCACGACCAAAUAUACACUGGAAUCACCCCAAAUGUCUUGUGCUUAUAAUGAAGAUAUUUUGUUCUUUUAUUUGCGUCUGUAUCAUGGGAGGAAGCAUUAGGUUGGUCUUCUGGCUUUGAUAUUCCUUCAGUUUCUUUAUAUUCUAACUUUUAUCUGGUAAUAUUUACUUUCCAUCAUGUCUUCACAUGUUUUUCAUAGCUGAUCCUGGUUCAAUCAUGGACGAUUUUAUGGAAGCAUCAUGAUUCUCAUAUGUUAUGUCAUAAUCUAAUUCAGAAGGUGUUGGCUGUCAUGCAGAAAAUUAAUGAGAAGAAAAUUGUGAGGACUUGAACAUAUGUGGCCUUUUGGCUUUGGUUCCAACACGACUGGUUGGUUCCUUAUGCAAGCACAUCCUACAGGAUGUUUUUGGUGAGAUUACUUUUAUUGGAUCUACAUGCUCGAUGCUCUAUCUUAUUGAGUAUGUUGGAGAAGUUAUGAUUUUGUAAACGAGUGUCUUACAGAGUUCACAAGGGAUUACAAUAGUUGCUUGAUGCAUGCUAUGCUCGCAGGAAGGUCUGAGAGCAUGGUAUAUGUGAGUUUAUCAUGUUUCUGGACAGGAGGAUCCAAAGACAAGCUUGUGGAAGAUUUCGUAAUCAUGAAGAAUGUUCAUCAAUGUUACAUGGGAAAACUCUUUGUGAUAUUGAGAGAUGUUAUCAGUAGUUGGCUAGUUCAACUCUCACUACAGUGAAUGUUGUACUCUGUAAAAUUUAUUACUAUUUACCCUAUAAGUAUGGGAAAAUAUUGGUUUAUCGCAAUUCAAAAUUUCUAAUGUUGACAGUUACAGCUUCAUAAGUA